AUGACCUCACCACGGCUCGAUACGACCUUCCCCCGGUCGCCCUCCAUUCUUUCAGAGCGCCGGGAUAUGCGUAGGCUGUCUGGCCGUUCUUUUACUUCUUCAACUGCCGAUCCGACUCCGGGCCAGGACGCGCAUGCUCCCGCCAUCACUGAAGAGAUCACCGAGAUUAAGCGAUAUGAGGACUUUACGACAAUAGAUUGGGUUCAGGAUGCCGUAUACGAACAAAGCCGCCGUCGAGCUAAGCGCCGGAGCGGUAAUGGAUUUUGGAAUCAAGAAGGUGUUUUUGGGUGGAGACGCAAGUUGAUGGAAUCCUACGAUGCUGGGCAAGCUUGGCUGGUGGUGACACUCGUUGGUAUGGCCAUUGGUGCCAAUUCAGCCCUACUGAAUAUCAUUACGGAGUGGCUUUCAGAUAUCAAACUGGGCCACUGUACAACUGCAUUCUACUUGAAUGAAAAAUUCUGCUGUUGGGGCGCCGAAGGAGGCUGUCCUGAAUGGAAGCAAUGGACAGGAUUUUGGCCAUUUAAUUAUGUUAUUUAUUUCUUUUUUGCGGUCAUGCUUUCUUUUGUCGCAGCGAUCCUGGUCAAGACUUUUGCGCCUUAUGCUGCUGGUUCAGGAAUUUCCGAAAUCAAAUGCAUUAUUGCCGGCUUUGUCAUGAAGGGCUUUCUGGGCGCAUGGACUCUUAUUAUUAAGUCUAUUGCUUUGCCUUUAGCUAUUGCAUCUGGUCUUUCUGUUGGAAAGGAGGGCCCUAGUGUUCAUUUUGCUGUUUGCACAGGAAAUGUGAUUUCACGUUUCUUUGGCAAAUACAAAACCAGUGCAUCAAAAACGAGAGAAAUAUUAACUGCUUCGGCGGCAGCAGGUGUGGCUGUUGCUUUUGGCAGUCCCAUCGGAGGCGUGUUGUUUUCUUUGGAGGAAAUCGCCAAUUACUUUCCAUUGAAAACCCUAUGGCGCAGCUACUUUUGUGCCUUGGUAGCAACGAGUGUGCUAGCAGCUUUGAACCCAUUCCGAACUGGACAAUUGGUCAUGUUCCAGGUCGAGUAUGAUCGAACCUGGCAUGCCUUUGAGCUAAUCUUCUUUAUAUUCAUCGGAGUCUUUGGCGGACUUUAUGGCGCGUUUGUAAUCAAAUGGAAUUUACGAAUGGCGUCAUUCCGCAAGAAGUACUUGGGCAAACACGCUAUUGCCGAGUCUGUAGUUCUUGCUGGGCUCACAGCCAUUUUGUGUUAUCCCAAUAUCUUUUUGAAGAUUAACAUGACGGAAAUGAUGGAGAUCCUCUUCCGAGAAUGUGGCGGUGGACAUAAUUACCAUGGACUUUGCGAUGAGAAGAAUCGAUGGUCCAUGGUGGUAUCUUUGGCCAUUGCUACGAUUUUGCGCACUGGUCUGGUCAUAAUUUCUUAUGGUUGCAAAGUACCCGCCGGUAUUUUCGUUCCAUCCAUGGCCAUUGGUGCAUCUUUCGGUCGUAUGAUAGGGAUCAUGGUGCAGGCACUUCAUGAAUCUUUCCCUAAUUCGGCCUUCUUCGCGUCAUGCGAACCAGAUGUCCCCUGCAUCACACCGGGUACAUAUGCCUUCCUUGGUGCAGCAGCAGCAUUGAGUGGAAUAAUGCACAUUACGAUCUCAGUCACUGUCAUCAUGUUUGAAUUGACCGGUGCUCUGACGUAUAUCCUGCCUACUAUGAUCGUGGUAGGUAUCACUAAAGCUGUGGGAGAUCGAUUCGGAAAUGGUGGCAUUGCAGAUCGUAUGAUCUGGUUCAACGGAUUCCCAUUCCUAGAUAACAAAGAAGAUCACGUUUUCAACGUGCCAGUCUCCCACGCCAUGACAACAGAUCCGCUCUCAAUACCAGCAUCUGAUUUCCCAGUGCGAGAAGCGGAGCAUUUGCUCAGCGACAACAAAUUCCAAGGUUUCCCAAUCGUUGAAAACCGGAGCAACAAGAUUCUCGUCGGCUACAUCGGACGCACAGAACUUCGAUACGCCAUCGAUCGUGCCCGAAGCGAAGGUUUGAUUUCCCCACGCGCACGAUGUGUCUUCACCAAAGACGCAGCAGACGCGUCCGUCGCUAGCCGGGCAUCAGGUCGGCAUAGCUCCCUUCAAGUACCGGAUAGCUUUGAUGCUAUCGAGACUAGCGUUGGUACCGGUGUCGUCGAUUUUUCUCGCUUUGUCGACCAUACGCCGCUGACAGUUCAUCCACGACUCGCCUUGGAAACCGUCAUGGAAAUCUUCAAGAAGAUGGGUCCACGUGUGAUCCCUGUCGAGCAUCGUGGGCGUUUAGUUGGCCUGGUAACUGUGAAAGACUGUCUGAAGUACCAGUUCAAGGUCGAAGCCGAGGAACACGCGCUGGCGGCAACAGGCUCCUCGGAGUUUUCUGCUCUUGGUGGCCAUUUGAAUAACCCAGCACCCGAGGCACUGGAAGAUCGUUUAUGGCGUCUAAUUCAAACUGUGAUUGGGUUCGUGUCAAGUGCUGCUCCACGUCGGCCUGUGAGGGCGCGUGAGAGAGACCGACCUGGGCCAGAUUCAUCUGAUAUCCUGGAUGGAACAGAGAAUGAAGGCUUAGUUGAGCUAGAGGACAGAGAACAGCGGUCACGCAGUUGA